AUGCCUAGAACAAAACCUGAAGUUGAAUGGAGUUGGAAUGGUGUGGAUUAUGGCCCGAUGAAACACACAAAUCCUGUCAGUUCGUCGACCACGACGACUCGUCGUGGUCCUGGACGUGGCAACAAUUUUUUAGCCCAACUAUGUUUUGUUCUAAUCCCAUUUAUGCAUAUGGUUUCCUCUUGUGUUCUUUUUGGUUAUUUUGCAGAAAUGGCUAGCCGUGCACGACGCCACCAACCCGGGAGUCGCCCCGAUUUUUCGUGGUAUUCUUUUCCUAGGACUGUUGGGCCUGAGAUUCACGCAAGAUAA